GCGCAAUGGUAGGAAUGAGUUUUUGUUCGUACGUAAACAUAAAAUUGGAAAAGUACAAUCGUUAAAUGGGCCUAUUAGGCGGACAAUAAUUAAUUAAAAUUGAGCGAAAAACCGCAAUCGCCGUUUCCCGCAUUUAUCGCAUUCUCAAAGUGAAUACACGAUUUAUUAAACACGUACAAUUAACAAGUGGAAAUUUGAUUAUGUUGUUAUUGGGAGGGGCGAGCGCUCUUCAUUAUGUGUCUCCAAUCAGAAAAUUUAUACACAAAUGCCAUAAUAAAUAAAUAAAAAUGUUGAUGUGCAGCAGGUGAAGUGAAUGAUGUGUGUAGUUCGAACUGUUUGUGUUUCGUGCGAGCUGUAGUGGAGAAUGAACGGUUUUAGCACCGGGGAGGAAGAUUCGCGAGGUCCCACGGACCAAGUUUGUUGCCUAGUUGAUAACAACGAACGAUGCACGAAACCGGCAGGUAACGCAUCCUACAGUAAACGUAUUCAAAAAACUGUUACGCAAAGAAGACUUAAUUUAAGUAUCGAUACUUCCGCGAGGCAUAUCUACAUCUGUGACUUCCACAAAAUGAUUAUACAAUGUGCUAGAAGUAAACGUAGACGUAAGGAUUCGGAAGAUGACAGUAAUGAGACAGAUACUGAUGUUCCGGAGGUGGAUUUGUAUCAGUUACAAGUGAAUACAUUACGUAGAUAUAAAAGACAUUAUAAGGUCCCUACCCGACCAGGCUUAAAUAAAGCACAGUUAGCAGAUACGUUAAUGAAACACUUUAAAACGAUCCAUGUAAGAGAAAAAGAUGUCCUGACGUUCUUUAUUUACACAGUUAAAACCAACAGUAACAAACUGGAUCAAAAAAAUGGUAUUACCGGCGAUACAACUUAAUAUUUCUUAUAAACCGUUUAUAAUAUAAUUUUAAAAAUUAAAUUUUAUAAAAUAUUUUACUGGCAAUAAGAACUAAAAUGUUGAAUAAACUAUUAACUGCA